UUAGAUAAGUCGUACUGCACUUGUGUUGUUCCAUCGAUGAUCGAAAGUCAAAAUGAGUAUAUUGAACGAAAUGAAUCAACAUCUGUUAAGAAUCAGUGUGGCAGGUGUUGCUGCACUUUUAGGACUGAAUAGUUAUAUGGGAUUUAAACAUCAUAGAAAAAUUAGAGAAUCUGGAUUCUACAAAGACUCCCUAGAGCUAGUCAGAAACUAUCCCCCCGCAGUGCAGCAUUUAGGGGAACCAAUCUCAGCAGGGAGGAUAACUUACUCAGACUCUUCAAACACGCUAACAGACACAGAUGUUUGUGUUUCUGUUCCUCUGUAUGGCCCCAAAGGAGAGGCAGCAAUGCAGAUAUGGUCGCAGAGAACUUCCAUGAAGGAUGACUGGAUUAUUGACAAAUUAGAUUUAAAAGUGCCUAAGAUAGGUGAAUGGACAUUUUAUACCAAAGAUGGGCAAACUGGAAAGGAAGAGUAAAUAUUACUAAUGAAAGUGACUCAUGAUUAAGGUGGUCUGUGAUAUUUUAGAAGAUGAAGAAAGUGACUCAUAAUUAAGGCAGUCUGUGAUAUUUGUGAAGAUGAAAUAGGCAGCUCAGUAAUAAAAAUGACAGGAUGCCAGUUUUACCGACCAGAGAUUGGGUAUACAUACAUGUCAAUGACCUGUGAACCUACCCAUCAUGUGAAAAGUCAGUUUUUAUAGCUGGAUAUUGCAGGUGAUGCAAUGAUCAAGAAGUGUUUUACACUGUAACGUACCUGAUGGUAUUAUGUGUACUUGAUUGAAAGUUGAAGUUGCUGAAUAUUUUAGAUAUAGAAAGAUAAUAAAAUUUAUAGAAAAUGUUGAUUUUGAAUAAAUUGAGGAGAGAGAAAAAUCAG